UCGGGAGACUCGCACCAUCAGAAGUUCGGAAAUCUGCCAGUCGUCCCCAAGCACGAUUUCAGAUCGACCUAAUUAUGUCCUGUGCAUAACCCUCUAGCCGACAAUAACGGGUUUCGUAUCAAAACCCCCAUUAUCCAUCUUGGUCACGCAUCGCAGUCAACUUCUUAGGCCUAUACUGGGUGAAAAUGGCGGGUUCGACUAUGGCAUCGAAGUGCCCUGUCCGCUCAACUGGCACAAACGAAUUCCCCGUGAUCGACUUCAGUAGGUACGAAAACGACCCGCAUUCGGUAUCGUCCGAGAUAUUCGAUGCCGCAAGCCAAUGGGGGUUUCUAGUCCUUAAAGGGCACGGUAUCCCCAAGGAAGACGUCGAUGAGAUGUUUUGCUUGUCUGAGCAGUUCUUUCGCCAGCCACAGAAGGUAAAGCAAGAGAAAUGGUUGAACAUGAAGGGGCAAGGCUACGACCUGAAGGAAUCGGUCAUCGGAGUCCACGAAGCCUGCUGCUUCGGCAACGUCGCCGACGCAAACCUCACCAGUCCCAACUUCUCCAGUUGGUGGACUCCCGAAAGACGCAAGCGCAUCGAGCAAUUCCGAUCCAAAUGCCAACUCCUCUCCAAUAAGAUCUUUGAAGCCAUCGCCCUAGCCAUGGGCCUCUCUCCGUCAACCUUCAUAGAGGCCCAUUCCCCCCACAAAGAGCCAGGCAACGCCCUGCGAUUGAUCCGGUACCAUCCCCUCGCCGCGCCCCCGGAUCCCAAGUUCCCUCGGUUGUGUGAGCACACUGAUUGGGGUACCAUGACAUUCCUCUUCGCGACGACGCCGGGGCUGGAGGUCAGGACGCCGGGGGAUAAAGAGUGGGUUGUGGCGCCGGUGGUGGAGGAUGCCAUUGUGGUGAAUAUUGCGGAUGGUCUGGCGCUGUGGAGUGGGAAGGCGUUGAAGAGUACGUUGCAUCGGUUGUCUUGGGAGAGUGUGCCGUUUGAUAGGGAGAGGUAUAGCAUGGCUUAUUUCAUUAAUGCCAAUGCCGAUGCGCCUAUCAAAAUCCUUCAACGCGCGUCUGGCACUGGAGAAGGAAUGUUACGGUUUGUGGAGACGCCUCUUUCUAUGUCGGCGACAUUUGGGGAUUAUCAAGCCGUCCGGGUCAAAAUGAUUGAGAAGCACGACACGCACAUCACGGAAGAUGAGCUCAGGGUAGACCCUAAAUUUCUGGAAAUGGUAAAGAACAUCGGGGUCGCGCAUGGAACGGGGCUGUCUGUUGAAGAAGAGAAAGCCAAAGAGGAGGCUGACGGCUUGUUGGAUGCAGCCCAGGUUGCAUAAUACAGCAGGGGUUUUUCCUAGGCACGGGUUGGAUCAACCUAACCACAUUCAUCACGUCUCUGGUGAGUGAGUUGAUAUGGUAUCUGGACUAGUGGGUGUACACUGGUGGAUAUUUGGUGGAUAUGGCUUCUCCGAUACUCAACAGUUAUA